GUGAUGAACACAGCAGCCUGCCUCUCUUUCGAUCUCUCUCUCUCCCUGUUUCCUCUCUUCUCUCUCGCUCUGUGUCCAUCAUGCAGAACAUAAGGCAAGCAGCCACAGAGGCCUUUUGUCGCCUGGGUUUGAAACAAAAACAUACAGGCUAUGAGGAGCUUACAGAUUUCAGUGAUGUUCCAUGUCCAGUACGUUCUCUCCCUCCACAAUGGUAUCACACAGUUCAAGUGCGGAGAAUACGAUCGCUCAGGGCUCGAAGCAACAGUGAUCCAUUACAAGGGAAGAACUUAGGGCAGGGACUUCCAUGGCAGAGGAAAGGCCUGCCGUUUGGCAAUGCUUCUUCCUACCUAAAUCUUGAAAAACUGGGUGAAGGUUCCUAUGCAACAGUAUAUAAAGGAAUAAGCAGGAUUAAUGGACAACUAGUGGCUUUGAAAGUCAUCAGCAUGAAGGCUGAAGAAGGUGUACCAUUUACUGCUAUCCGAGAAGCAUCUCUCUUGAAGGGCCUGAAGCAUGCAAACAUUGUUCUUCUGCAUGACAUCAUUCAAACCAGGGAGACACUGACUUUUGUAUUUGAGUAUGUGCAUACAGACCUGUCACAGUACAUGGCACAGCACCCGGGUGGACUUUUGCCCUACAAUGUUCGGCUCUUCAUGUUCCAGUUGCUUAGAGGUCUGGCCUAUAUCCAUCACCAGCACAUCCUACAUCGGGACCUAAAGCCGCAGAAUCUUCUCAUCAGCUACCUAGGGGAGCUCAAACUGGCUGACUUUGGUCUUGCCCGUGCAAAGUCGAUUCCCAGCCAGACAUAUUCAUCAGAAGUGGUCACUCUAUGGUACCGUCCACCAGAUGUUCUUUUAGGUGCUACAGAUUAUUCGUCUGAUCUUGAUAUCUGGGGUGCAGGAUGUAUAUUUAUAGAAAUGCUUCAGGGAUACCCAGCCUUCUCUGGUGUGUCAGAUGCCUUUGAGCAACUUGAGAAGAUCUGGUCGGUUAUAGGAACACCGACAGAGGAAACGUGGCCUGGAGUAUCACAACUUCCAAACUACAAAACAGAAUGGCUUACAUUAAGUGGGAAGAGGCCAUUUGCAAGUGUCUGGGACAGAUUAAGUAGAACUAUGGGGGCUGAAGAUCUUGCAUAUAAGAUGUUGAAAGGUUGCCCUCGUGAAAGGAUUUCUGCUGAAGAUGCCCUUCUUCAUAAAUUUUUUAGUACAUUGCCUUGUCAACUUUACCAGCUUUCUGAUGUGCGGUCCAUCUUCACUGUACCUGGGCUGAGCCUUAAACCCGAAAUCCGAGAUCUGUUCAUCCCGAAUCGGAAAGUUUCUCAGCCAGCCACACAUCAUAGGCCAUGGUAGCCAUUAGAGAGAUGGACGUUCAGCCACCAGCUCUGUAUGCACCUAUUUGAAUGUACCAGCCUUCCAUCCUACUUUGCACACCCUCCCUUACCUGCUGCCUUCUUCUUAGAGAAGCCAUCUUGAAACAAAAUGGAAGAAACUUGCACCUUACAGAAAGAUAUACCCUGCUUUCUCCAGUUCUCCAUGGCGAGAAUAAUAACUUCUGCUGAAGCUUUGCUGCUUUUCUAUAGCAAAGACUAUUAGAAUUUCACUGCUUGGUAGAAACAAUGUUGAUCAGUAGUAUGGAUUUUAUUUGAGAAUAACAUUAUGUGUUCUGCCCAAAUUAUUUGGUACCACUCAAUACGUCUGUUAUGACUUUAACAGACAUAAAUUAUGAUGUUACUGCAGUAAAAUGAGAAUAAGAGACCUAGAUAUGUUCAAUUUUAAUGAUCUAGUACUGCUGGCUAACAUUUUGCUGUACAUUGAAAUAAGGAGUCAAAAUACUGCUUAAAUCAUAUAAAAUAAACUUAUGUAUU